UAGUUUUCUUCAAAAUGGCUGCCCUUUUGAAGAAACGAGCUGUGGCCGAGUUCAGCCAGGUUAUUCAGGAGGAGCCCAAACCUAUCAAGCGACUGAAGCUUAUCCAACGACCACCUCCCCCGGAAAUCAGUCUUGACCUAGAGGGCGCCACAAGCACCUAUGACACACUUCAGAGACUGUUGGCAUUUGAGGGAAACUUCCCACUUCGUGGAGAGGAUGUAUCUGGGGUGGUCCGUGAGCUACUUGACCACUACCCCCGUGAAAAGGAAGCUGUACUGAGGUGGAAAAUUUCAUCCCUCCUGGCUCGUCUUGUACAACUUCCGGGCUUCAAUGCAGAGGCACUUACUGAUGACAUCAUCAGACUUCUCAAAACAGAAAAGUCGAACAAGGCGAUAAGCCAGCUUGUGGAGGUUCUGAGGAAGAUUGGGAUGUGUUCCCCCUACAACACUUCUCUGCAUCAUCAACUUAUCUCAACCAGUAAACAGUAUCUUAGAAACACUGGCCACAUAGCCCGAUGUAGUUGUUUGGAUUUGAUUGGAGAUUUGGGAUCACCUGACCAGACAGUUGAGGACAGCAGCCAAUCAGGUAGACGGAGUUUGACGAUACAGAAGUUACUUAUGGGUUUCACACAGGAUCAUGAUCCCAGAGUGAGGUCAAGGGCAUUCCAAGCAAUGCUUCAGUUUCAUCAACGGGGCCUGCCCCUAGGGGAGGGGAUCUACCAGCAGGCAUGUUCUGCGCUCACCGAUGAUUACCGAGGGGUCAGACUUGCUGCCAUCAAACUAGUCUGGGUUCUCAGCCAUCUAUACCCUGACAGUCUGAUUGCUGUGCCUGACUCAGACGAGAAACUACGAUUGGUAGACGAUGGCUUCACCAAGAUCUGCAACAUGAUCAAUGAUAUCUCGAUGAUUGUGAGGGUCGAGGCUGCUACAUUACUGGGUUCUCUACAUCAAGUGAGUCCAAAGUUCCUUGAACAGACCCUGGACAAGAAGUUGAUGUCUAACAUGAGGAAAAAGGAGAGUGCUCACGAGAGGGCAAAGGAGCAUUUUUCCUCUGGCCAGUGGGCAACGGGGCAAAAGUUUGCAGAUGACGCUCCAAAGGAGCAUGUGGACCCUGACGCUGUCUCCUUGAUGAACAUUGGAGCCUGUGGGGCCUUUGUCCAUGGUCUAGAGGAUGAGUUUUUAGAGGUGAGGAAUGCCUCCUUGGAUUCCCUUUGUGAGCUGGCUGUUCAGUCACCAAGCUUUGCUGCUCUUUCCCAGGACAGCAUCAUCGAUAUGUUCAAUGAUGAGAUCAAGAGUGUACGUCUCAAUGCCAUCAACAGUCUCCGCAAACUCAGCCAUCUCCUUACUCUCAGGGAGGAUCAGUUAGAGAUUAUACUUGGAGUUCUACAGCUGAUGAAACAGCAGCAGACUCUGCCAGGCAACAGCAGUGUGGCCAACGACACCAUCAUAUCUACCACUGACAAGAUCCUGAGUAUGACCAAGCAGCUACAACAUGUAUAUCUAGGACUGGGUAUUACAGAACUGUCACUUGUCAGGCAAACAGAAGUCAAGGCUCGCACACUACAGACGCUGUCACGUCUCGGCGACUACCAGGAACUUACCAACGUCAGGGACCGAUUCAACCGGCAGCUCAGGACUCUACACAAGUACAUGACUUCACACCAGAUCACCCCCGAUCCUUUCAGUACCUAUUUAUUCUCUGUCCUGGACAAUCUUGACUCGUGUAGUGAUACAGAAUUCCGCAAACAUCUUCAAUUCUCGCUGAAGUCUGUCAAAGCGUGUGCCUUUCCUGUGGUCAAUAAGAUCCGGAAAGCCAGUGUUGUGCUCCACGAACCGACGGGGACAUCAGACAAUCCUAUAAAAUUUGCUGCAGGCCUUACUUCAGCAGUGGCUGUAGAAGCCACCUUGGAGAACAUACAGUCACCCUGUCAUGUCAAGUUACAGGUAAAGUAUGCGGACCAACAAACACAACUGAUCACGCUCAGUCCGGACGCUUUCCAGAGACUAGGUCAGCUCCGACAUCGCCUACAGUCCCAGGUCCUCCUCUCCCACUCCCCUUGGUCAGAUUCCACUCAUGUUGAGAUCAGUGUUGUGAUGGAUGUUCCAUCACUUUCUGGUGACCAUGGCAACAAGGAGUCUGUCAUCCAGCUAUGUAACCCUGUUAAAGUGUUGGUUUCCCCAAAAACUUUCAAGAGGUGAACAUUGAUCUGAACUUAUUAUGGAACACAAGUGCUGUUUUUAUCAAAUUUUGAAGAAACAAAGACCAGAGAAUUGUCUGUAACUUACUUGAUGUGGUAUUGAAGCAUUGAUCUGGUCAAAAUUUCAAAAAAUAAAGACUAAACAGUUGACUUCCUACAUAUUAUAUAGCAUUCAAGAUUAUGAACUGGCAGAAAUACAGACUGGACAAUCGCCUUAUUUCAGUUGGCGCUUUACUAUGGAGCACUAGUCAUUUGGUCAAGAGAUGAAAAUUUAAUAUCUUGUGUUACACUGUAAUGGUGUUUUAUUCUGAAUAAAUUAUGGUGUACAGUGUAACUGUGAAGGUCAUACCAGAAACACAUACGUCAGUGGUCAAGCACUCCCAAGGACAAUAACUGGACAGGAGACAGUUUGUGAUACGAUGUUGUGACCAAGUGUUUUCAAGAAUGGACAAUGACCGAUAGAGACUGACACACUAUAAGUGUCUUGAUAAGCCAAUUGAUUGUUUAUGAUUGGUCACAUCAAUCAAAUAUGGCAGAUGAGUUUUUUAUUAUUUGUCUGUUAUAUUUCUAACAGUCAAACAAUUAUGUGUACAGCAGUUUUGGCUGUCAAAUUAAAUAUUGGUUAAUGAACAUAGUUCAUACAA